AUGUCGUCGACAUCGCACGAGGCGGCGGCGAUGCCGGCGGAGCUGGACAGCGACGGUUCGAGCUGCGGCGAGCGCGACCCCCGGAAGCGCGUUCGCGGCGACACCGACCCGACCGGGCCCAAGAAGCGCCGGAAGCAGACCACGCCGGUAAGAUUCUCGUCCGGCGCGCACGAGAACGAGCGCGAGGACGAGCAGGAGGACGAGGACAGCGAAGGUAAGCCGUCGUCGCGAUCGCCGGGCAAUCACCACGACCAAUACCACGAUUACCAUCACCAUCACCACCACCAUCACCAUCACCACCACCACCCGCCGUCGUCGAAAGACGAGAACCUGAACAACGAGUUCCGCUGCCAGCACUGCGGCCGGUUCUUCGACAGCAAAGAGACGCUUAACGUCCACGUGGACGGCGAGCACGGCGCCGCGAACCAGGCGGCGCCGGGCGUCGCCAUCAAGUUAGAGCCGGCGCAGCAGCCGGACCAGACCGAGGGUCCCGUUAGUCUCCUCAGCGUCAAGAAUUUCGCCACUUCGGCCGCGUGGCUGACCUCCGGCGGUCAACAUGUGCAGUCGCAGAUGCAGGCCGAGGAUUCGUGGCCCGGCUCGGUUAACCAGGUCGCCACAAUGACCAAUCACCUACAGGCACUCUCGGGUUUCCCAGGCGCUCUCGCGCAGUACCUACCCUUGCCAGGUUUCCCCUUGGCGGACCCUCAGCAGGUCCCGAGGUCUUCCUUGGGACCGGCGCCGAUCAGGAUCUUCAAUCCGGACGCGUAUUGCGACCUGUGCAACAAGGAAUUCUGCAACAAGUACUUCCUGAAGACGCACAAGGCGAACAAGCACGGGAUCUACGUGGAUUCGCCGGCGACCUCGUCGACCGCCAUGGACGUGUCCGGCGUCGUGUUCGGCGCGAAUUUCCACGGUAACGCCGCGACGGUGAAGCUGGAGCCGCCGGCGACGCCGCCGACGAGCGGCGUCGCCUGUGACGUCUGCCAGAAGCGUUUCCGCAACGAAGAGUCCGCGAGGAAGCACAAGCAGAAGGUGCACAACGAGGCGGCCGAUCAGUUGGACCAGCAGACGCCCCUAUCGCAAAACGAGGAAGAUCGGGAGACUCCGCGGGACAGUCCCGGUGGCAUGGAGGCGCUCUUCAAGCAAGAAUACGGCGUCGAGCAGGAGGACACCAGCUUCAUGCCGGCGCCCAGACACCUGUCGCCCCAGUCUAUCCAACAGGCGCGCGAUUCCGGCUUCAACGCCGACCGCCUGCGCCGCCUGGGCGUCAUCAAUCCCGAAGCGUUCUGUGAGAUCUGCUGCAAGGAAUAUUGCAACAAGUACUUCUUGCGCACGCACAAAAUGAAGAGGCACGGCGUCGCCGUGCAGGAGAACGAGAAGUCGCCCGGCGCGACCGCCACUUGGCAUCAGGUGCAGACCAGCCCGUUGAAUCUGAUCGUCACCGAGAGCACCGCGAGCUCGGAGUCGAACGACCGCACCGGCGAGGAUCACGAGUGUAAACCCUGCGGUAUCCACUUCCAGACGGCGGGUCUGUACCAGGAGCAUUGCAGGAAGAUGCACGACGGCGAAGAACGAGGUUCGCCGAAGCAAGAAUACGAACCGGACAACUCGGACCCGCGCACCGACUCCAUCUCCGAGGACCUGCAGAAGUUGCAGACGAUGAUACUGCAGCUGAACGGCCUGGAUUCCGGCAAAGGAACCUCCUGCGCCGUCUGCGGCAAGGAGUGCGACUCAAGGUCGGCCUUGCGUGUCCACAUGGCGGAGCACGGCGCCACGAGCGAGGAGAUCUCAUCGUCGCCGCGGGAGAAAUCGCCCGUGGCUGUUGCUACCAUUUUCUGCACGCUCUGCGAGAAGGAUUACCCCAGCCAAGAGGCGCUGAGAAGACACAUCAACGAGGAGCAUCAACCCGUCAGCUUGCCAGUGCUUCCGACGACGGCGGUCGUCUCUACCAGCGGCUCGACGCCAACUAGUCAGACUCCCGCCGGCCAGACGACCGCGCCGGCUGCAACAACCGAGAGAAAAGUGCCGUCGUUGACGCCCACGUCGAGCUACUGCGAGAUUUGCAACAAGGAGCUCUGCAACAAGUACUUCAUGAAGACGCACAUGCAACGGAUGCACGGCAUCGAGAUCGAGAACGGCGCGCAGAUAGGCGGCGUGAUCUGCAACAUCUGCAACAAGGAGCUGUGCAGCAAGUACUUCCUGCGCGUGCACAAGCACAACACCCACGGUAUCGUCGACGAGAACACCUCGACUAACAGACAGGAGUCUUACGACGCCUCGGGCGCGGACGACUCCGCGCUGAAGCCGGAACAGCUGGGGGACCUCAGCAACCGGUACUUCACCCACUUCACCGAGGUCUGUCCGAUCUGCAGCCGGAGGUUUCGCAGCGUCAAGUGGCUGAAGGCCCAUCUAAUGGGCGACCACGGCAAAGCGGGAAUCGACAAAUGGCGCGAACUGGAACAACAGUAUCAAACGACGUCCAGGACGAGCGGCAGGAGCGUCGCUUCGACGAAGAAUACCCAGCAACCCUCGAAUCUGAAGAUCCCCAACGGCUUCGAGAUCGCGCAACAGAUUAAGCCCGCGGAUUUUGCGCACCUGGGCAAUCAGGUGCUCUCCAAUCUCUUCGGCGCGUCCUCCGAGGAGCAGCUGAAGAAUUAUCGUUGUUCCUUCUGCAACUUCACGACGCCCGUGCUGCCUUUCCUCUUUCUUCACGAGCGGUCCCACGUGAAUCCCCAGGAGAAUUUCGAGGGCGAUCGAUCGCUGCAGUGCCCGAUCUGUUCGCAGGACUUCCAUCAGCCGGAGCUGCUCCAUCAGCACUUGCUCACGAAGCAUCAGUUCCCCACGCUACUCUCGCAGUUCCAGCAGCCGGUUCUGAACAAUUUCCGACCGGACAUCGAGAAAUCGAACGACGCCAAGGACAGAGGUGAGCCGGACGUGAAAGACGACCGAGCCGGAUGCAGUCCUCAGACUGCGGAUCAGAGCGUCUCCGAAGCUGCGGCGAGAAACCAACGUCAGGACGAGACCGCGGUGCAGGUGACGCCCCAGGGCGCCUACAAGUGCGCGCAAUGCGGCUACGCGACGACGAAUCUGAAUCGGAUCAAGAAGCAUGUACGGAAGGAUCACAAGGCGAUCGGCGACCCGACCGAGAGUGUGAUCGCCGAACUCAGCAAGACCCUGAAGGAAGUGGCGAACAAGCAGAAGGUGCCGGCCUGCUAUGCGAUGCCGCAAGACAUGAACUCGAAUCCCGACAAGACCAUCAUGCAACCGUUCCUGAUCGAGGAGCAGGACUUGAUGCAGGCGGGCGCCGAGUCCAGCUCGACGCAGAGAUUCGCACCGGCUCUGGUCUACCUGCCGGUCAAGUCCAGAAUUAGCAACGCUCUGACCGCUUCCUUCACCCUCACCCCCGCCUGA